AUGAGCUCUGCAGCAGACAUUCAUUGCUUUAUUAUCAACAUGGCGGCCGAUCCACGAGAGAAAGCGAUACAAGAGUAUCGAAAGAAACUGCUAGAACACAAAGAACUAGAUGCCAGGCUCAAAGAAAUGCGAGAACAAUUAAAGGAAUUCACAAAAGACUAUGACAAAUCAGAAAAUGACCUGAAAGCCCUUCAAAGUGUUGGACAGUUAUGGAAUUACUUUGCUGCUUUUAAACAUGAAAUUGAAAAUAAAGUAUUUCAUUUCUCAAAUACUUUGAAUUAUGAUGAAAAGAUUCCACUACCAAAUGAACAAGCUAGAAUGGAUAUUUUAAAGAUUCAUGCUGGACCUAUAACAAAACAUGGUGAUAUAGAUUUUGAAGCAGUUGUUAAAUUAUCAGAUGGUUUCAAUGGUGCUGAUCUCAGGAAUGUCUGUACAGAAGCCGGUAUGCAUGCAAUACGUGCAGAGAGGGAGUAUGUCAUCGAGGAAGACUUCAUGAAAGCUGUGCGUAAAGUCUCUGACAACAAAAAACUGGAAUCUAAAUUGGACUAUAAGCCUGUGUAACCAAACAUGUGUCACUACCCUGUCCUAAACACCUGUGUAUCAAAAUGUAUGUCAUUAGUUAAAUAUUAACUAGAGCAACACCUUUUAUUUUGAUUAAUACUGACAUCCCAAGGGCAUCAACAUUCCUUGUAGCCGAGGAACGGUAAUCCUAACUCCUAACUGCCGCUUUAGUGAAGAACGUAUCUAAGCUUUUUUCUAUAAUACUCAAGUCAAUUUAAUGCUGGUAUGCUUAGAUUCUGAUCAGCUUUCAUUUGGUUUACCUGUUCCCCUUACACUUCGUCAUAAAAUAAAUCUUGUUAUUUAUCUUUUUGUCUACUGUAUACCUUGUCUGUGGUUUCCAUGUCAGUGGUUGGCAAGUGCUACCGGUACAGUACCUCUUCACAUGUGUAGCAAGUCAUUUUGAAUCAAUAAAUUUGUUCGUACACA